CUCUAUAACGGACAUAAAAGGGUGCAUGGGAUAAAGUUUCAGUCCGUAGUUGCUCCAAAUGGGCUUAUCGCAAGUCUGUUUGGUCCAGUCGAGGGCAGGAGACACGAUAGUGGUAUGCUAGUCGACUCAGGACUUCUGCAAGAAUUAUCGCAUUACUCGUUUGCACCGGACGGGACACCCUUAUGCGUUUAUGGCGACCCUGCCUACCCUUUGCGUGUCCACUUACAAGGGCCCUUCAAAGGCGCUCAUUUGACACCAGCAGAGCAACAGUUCAACAAGGCCAUGAGCCAAGUCAGAGUUUCGGUAGAAUGG